AUAACUUAUUUCUUUGAUUCCAGUUUAUUUUCUUGAUUCUUUUUCAGUGUUUACCUUUAUUCUUGUGCUGGUCAAUUUUCUUGAUUGUGGUCAUUUACUUGUAAAUCUAUCGUUUUGUCCACUUCUUUUUAAUCAUAUGUUGAUAUUAUUGUUUACAAAUCCCUUUAAUCUUUGUGUUACAACCAGAAAAUUGGAUUAACUUUCCAGUGGAUUUGUGAUUUUAUCAGAAAAAAAAUUCUAUUUUCUCAAUCAUCUUAAAUUGCUGUUUAAUUUUUCACCCAAAUGUUGUUGAUAAUUAACUAAAUUUAAUCAUCUUUACUUUUCUGUUUACCUGUUGAUUGCUUCUGAUGGUCAUCAACAAGUUAAUAACAAUCAACAUCUGAUGAUUACCUUAUCCAUUGGACUUUUAAAUUAUUUUUCAAAGUCAACAAUUAAGAGUUAAUUGUUAACCUUAUCGCUUUUUGUUGACUAAUUAAUUAUUUCUUCUCCUUUAUUUGAUUAAAAUAUGCGGUUAAAGGAUCUAUUAUGAUACUUAAAGUUAAUCACAAUUUAAAUUAUCGUUCACCUUGUAAAUUAAUAUCUCACAACAAUUUAGGUUUACUGUUAACCUUGUUGUUAACAGCAAUCAAUUUAAUACCAACAUGUUUUUCCGAGUUAACCAAAGAAAAUUUAACAACAAUUAACUCACCAUCUUCUAGCAAUUUAAAUAAUCAACCAAUUAGUAUAAGUGAACUGACCACUCUAAGGAUUGACCGGAGGGAGGAUAUUGAUGUAACAACCACCGACAAUGGUAUUGGUUCAUUGGAAUCAGUUGAUUCUAAAUCAGAAGCUGUUGAGUCAACUGGUAAUCGUGAUGGUAACACGGCAGAAAUUGUAUCUACAAAAGUGACCUCAGUAAAUCAGAAUUCAUCUGAUGUUAAAUCAACGCCAUUUUCAUCUUUAUCAUCAUCUUCAUCUUCACCGUUACCUUUAUCAUCAACAGAGAAUCAGUCAUCAUCAUCCAAUCUGCCAUCCACAGUAUCAACAUCAACGACAACAACAAAAGUCCCACCACCAGAAUCAUCAUCAUCUUCAUUACCUGUUGAUGUAAAUAAACAAUCAACAAGUAAAUCAUUAAAUAGUGAUAGUAAUUCAAAUGAGCCUUCUGCUAAAUCAUCUGAAUCAUUUGCGCCAUCAGCGAUUAGGCAAAAUGUCACGGAAGUUGCUUCAAGAAGAGAUGAGAAUCACAAACGAAAGGUUAACGGUAAUAAUCCAGUUGAUAUAAUUGGUAGUAUAAUCCAACUGAUCGGUGGUAAUGUGAAAUUAAGCCGACCGCCGAUCACACCAAGGCCCGUAAAUGUUGGCGGUGGGUUACCUCAACCUCACAUGGGUCCCCCUCCAGGUAGACCCAUGUUGAUACCUCGUCCUCCACCUCAACAGCAACAACAACCUCCACCAACCCUUGGAUUACAUCAACAUCAACAACAGCAACAACAACAACAACAACAACAGCAACAAGGAUCAGCUAAUAAUCCGUCACGAAUCAAUAAUCGAGGUCCACCAAAAGUACCUUACAUUGGUGCUCAAAAUGGUGGAUCACCUUUCCCACCAAACAUUUUCGUUGGCCCUGGACAACCGGCGGGCUUACCAAUUCCAAUACCGACCAACUUUAAUCAACCUUAUCCGGUCAUCCCGCAACAGAAUCCAAGGCCAUUAGAACAUAUUCCUUCCGGUCGACCACCAAACAGAGAACCAGAAGAAUCCGAGGUUCGACCAAAUGAAAUUAAUUACAAUAAUCGAAAACAGGUAAUCGUUAAUGAAGCAGUUAACGAUCUUAAUUCACUUGGAUCAGGAGGGUCAGAGGUAAAUAAACACCAACACCAUCAACAGCAUAAUCCAAAUCAACGUUACAAAGGACAACAAUCAGUGUUAAUUCAAGGAGAAAGUGUGAACAGUGCAAAUUUUGAUGAUCCACCAAAUCGACAGCCACCGGUGACAAUUGACUCUUCCCAAUCAACUCCAACAAUCAGCCAAUCAACUAAACAACCAAACUCAUUUAAUAGCAAAAAUAGUUACGAAUUAAAUGAAGGAUUAUCUCCAAUUAAUCGGACAACAGUUUUAGAACCUUCGAUUGCCCCUUUGAAUGAAGAUUUUAUCGUUAAACCGGGAUUAUCUUCAUCAACCUCAGGCUAUUCAAUUAGCUCUUCAGUUACACCUUCACUUGAUUCAAGUUCAACAUCUUCAACAAUCAGUCCAACUGAUAAUAGUGCCUCAGUACCGAGUGGACCUGUGACCGCUUGGUUACCCUUUUUUGUUCAGCCCAGUGUUUCAUCAUCAAAGGUAAUGUGGUCCGAUGAACCACCGCCCAUCAUAACCAAGCCCGAAGAACCCUCUGUAUUUGAUAUAACCGUUAAACACAAGAUUGGACCAAAUUCAGCUCGAGUUCAAGAAAUACCCAAAAUUGUACCAACUCGACCCGUUGAAUCUGCUGUGAUCAUUUCACCGACCAGUGUGAUUAAUCAAUUGUCACCUUCAUCCUCAUCUAGUUCAACAAUUACACCUUCAUUAGACGAAACAAUUGUCUCAACUGUUUCCUCAAAUUCCCAAGUAUCGCAAGAGUUUAGUUUCACUCUUUCACCAUCAUCGACAUCGACAUCCUAUGAAGUGACACGAACUGUUGAACCUGAACGAUCAUCGUCCAAUUCAACACGAAUCUUAUUUCCCUCUCGUCCAGUAACAAAUGAACCUGAACCCGAUAUUGUCUACGGUAGACCAGCAAAUAAGGAUCUCGAGGGUCCAGGUAAUCGGGGAGCCGCUCACAAACCCACUGGUUAUCAGUCUGGUUAUCAACCCUCAGGUAAACCGAUUAACAAUGGACAGAAUCGUAUACCAAUGACCACCAAGGAAUUGGCUCGUCCCUUGAUUCCAACAUCGGUGAUUAAACCCUCAAGUUCAUCUUCAACUGCGAUGCUUGGACGUCCCAUCGUUAUUCCUGUUGAUGUUGAUGAGGUUCGUCCAAACAUCGGCGGUGGUAGAGGAGGAAGUGUAGGAGGUGGUAGUAACGGCGACUCCCAAGGAACACCUGACGUUCUUACCGAACCAGGUCAAGGAUCAGUUUUCAUCGACGGUAAACCAACCUACUUCAAGAUCAGACCAGGUCCACCUAAACCUGUUGGUCCAACAAUGCAGGUCGGUUCCGGUGUAACAAUAAACAUUGAUAAUCCACCGCCAUCAAUUGGUGGGGGUAACAAACCUUUACCACCUUCACCUCAAUCUCAAGUUCCCGUUUCUGGAUUACCAGGUAAUCCAAGUACAAUAUCAGGUACAGGUUCAAGAUCACCACCCGGAUCAUCAUCAACUUCAUCUUCUACCUCGGUGGUUCGUCGGCCUCCCUUUAGACCCCGUCCAAAUACACCUUUAGUACGUAUUGAUACCUGCAUAGUGGGCGAUGAUUCGACCUGCGGUGCCAAUUUAAAUGAACAUUGUAAGACGGAAGUGGGAAUCUCUUCAUGUCAGUGUAAACCAGGUUACGGUCGAACCACAGUUCGAGGUAUGUGUACACCAAUAGCCUCAUUGGGGGUCUUCCUGAGAAUAGAUAAAUUAGGUGAAGCAAAGGUCACUUUUAAUCGUAAAUUGCUGGAUCCCGAUACGGAAGAAUUUCAAUAUUUAGAAUAUGAAACAAAUCAAGCGCUUAAUUCACUAUUAACAACCUCGAGAUUGGGUAAAGUGUUUAAAGGAGCAAAAGUGAACAAAUUUUAUUCCCUUGGAGGUAAAACUGUGGCCAAUGCGACAAUUGAACUUGAUCGUACCAAUGUGACCCGAUCACCGACAAUUAAACGUAUUGUACAACAAGAAUUGGUUCGAGUUAUCGCCUCGAACAAUAAUCGCCUUGGUGAUUCUCAACUGUUCGUUGAUGCCUCUUUACAUGCUAUUCCAAAGGUAGAUGAUAUCAACGAAUGUGCAAAUAUUGAUCUAAAUGAUUGUUCAAAAUUUGCCGUUUGCACCAAUGAAUUUGGUUCCUAUCGGUGUACCUGUAAAUCGGGAUACGAAGAUAAAUUUCCAAGUGACCCGGUAAAAUCGGGAAGACAGUGCGCUACCUGUUCACCGGCAUAUUGUUCAAAUAGAGGUGAUUGUAUAAUCGCCAACGGGGAGAAAGAGUGUCGAUGUCGAGGUAAUUUCAUCGGCUCAAGAUGCGACAUCGAUGGUGAGGUUCUCGGUGUGGCACUUGGUGGGUCAGUCGCCGCUCUCAUUAUAAUUAUAAUCACAUUCUUGUGUCUCUAUAUGUGGAAUCAAAGAUGGAAACGGGAGCAGCAAAAAAUGGAGGCCAUGUCAUCCGGAAGUGGUCAAACUUUUAGCUAUGUAAAUAAAACCCAAGCUGCGGCCAAUUACCGCUGUGGCCUGGAUGAUCGAGCUCGUUGGGCGACAAUGGCUCAUACACUUCCUGUUAAUCCAAAUUAUAACUAUUAUGUCAAUCCUGAACAAUUAAUGGCAACUAGUCAACAACAUGUCUAUGCUACUCCUGGACGAGCUCAAACACCCGAUGCAUUGAUUAACGAUGAUUCCUGUCCAGUUGAUUCUCGCCAUUAUCCAAGGCCAAUUAGAUCAAAAUCCCGUGCAUCCUUAGCCCCAGGCGCUUACUCCACAAUGGGAUAUGGAGCCGGAAGUGUUUACAAUGAAACGGAAUUUUCAACACGAGAAACAAUUUACACUCCAUCACAUGUAAUCAUCCCACCGCGGACGAAAUACUCUCCUUACAAUUAACUGGACACACGAAAUCAGGAAAUGGACUUUAAUUGUUACCAUUAAAUGUUUUUUCUUUUCUUUUGUCAACAUUGGAAACGAUCAAUGGAAAAGUAAAUUAGUAAAUUGUCCAAAAGAGGGCAAAUGUGAUUUUCCAAGAAAAACAAAGUGAUUAAGGAAACCGGAAGAAACGAUUCACCAUCUUUUUUUUUGUUUCAUCACAAUUUGGAAGCAAUCAGUUAAUUGUUAAUCAUAAUCUCUGUUUGAUUACAAUUGCCUCAAGUUAAUUAUGUAAAAAGAUACCCAACUGAUUUAUAUUAUACACAAGAAGCUUCAAUUUGUGAUAGUUAAUCAUUUCCAUUUGUUUGAUUGUUUUGUUUCUGAUAAUUAAUUUGUGGUUAACAAUAACUUGUCAACAAUUAAUUUAUCUGCCUAGAGAUGUAACUUUGUUAACUAAUUACUAUUAUGUGAAACAAAUCAAUCAAACGAAUGGUCAAUUUAAUUGAUUGUUUUUCCUUUUCCUUUUUCACUUUCUCCUUAUUCCAAAUGAUUAACUAAUUAAAUCUCUCUCUCUCUCUUUCUUUCGGGUUAGCAAACAAUUAAUGUUGAAAAUCAGGAAACUGUUUAAUUUUGUAUCAAAGUGAUUUAUUUAAUUACUACUAAUUAAUCCUACGUCAAUUGUUUUGUAAUUUUAAUUACUUGAAAACAAUAACUCUUAUUGAUUGUAGAUGAAAAAUUGCAUUUUUAUAUUGAAUUAAAAUAAUUUAAUUGUUCACAAUUAGUAAUCUAAUUGAGAUGACAAGAAAAUUCAAUCCUUUA